AUGAAAAAGAGAUCCAACACCAACGUUAAAGCAGCUCCUGCUGUGGUUAAGGCUACGACGCCUUUGAAGAAGGUUAAGAGAGCAACUCCUGCUGUGGUUAAGGCCACGACGCCUAUGAAGAAGGUUAAGAGAGAGGCGGAAGAUGAUGUGGAGAACCAUAAGAAAGACGUGACUGAGAAGGAACAAUCUGUUUCGAUGGAGAUCUCAUCGAGUCUUUCGAAUAAUGGAGUUGCUGCAGCUGUUAAAACUGGCUCCGUAAAAGCCGAGGCAGAAAGCAGUUCGUCUGAUGACAAAUCAUCUUCUGAUGAUGAGCCUGCCGAGAAAAAGGCUGAAGAAGGUACCAAGACUCCUAAAGAGGAAAGCACUAGUGAUGAUUCUAGCGAGGAAACUGAUGAAAAGAUUGAUACUCGUUUUGGCCCUGCUCGUGGUCUUUAUGUCGGUGGUCGUUUUCGCGGUGGUCGCUGUGGCGGUCGUCGCCAAUGUUGCGCUUGUUGA